UUCUCCCAGCCUUCAUGGAUCUGUUUGGAGACAUAGAUGACAUUUCUUCAGAGAGCGAUGGGGACAGUGAACAAACUAUUCCAGGGCAGCCUGCUGAUGAACAUGGAGUGCCUCAGGACCAGCAGGAGGAAGAGCCGAUUUCUGAGACCAGAAUAGAAGUAGAAAUCCCCAGUAUCAACUCUGAUUUAGGAAAUGAAUUGUACUUUGUUAAACUACCUAAAGUUCUCAGCAUAGAACCCAAACCUUUCGAUCCUCAGUAUUACGAAGAUGAAUUUGAAGGUGAGAAAAUGCUUGACGAGGAAGAUCGAACCAGGUUAAGAUUAAAGGUAGAAAAUACGAUAAGAUGGAGGAAACGCCGGGACGAGGAAGGAAAUGAAAUUAAGGAAAGCAAUGCUCGGGUGGUCAAGUGGUCAGAUGGGAGCCUUUCCCUGCAUCUAGGCAGUGAAGUGUUUGAUGUCUACAAAGCCCCAAUGCAGGGCAAUCACAACCACCUGUUCGUUCGAGAAGACACUGGUCUACAGGGACAAGCUGUCUUUAAAUCCAAACUCACCUUUAGACCUCACUCUACAGACUGUGCCACACACAGAAAGAUGACCCUGCCACUUGAUAAGAGAUGCUCAAAGACGCAGAGGAUUAGAAUCUUACCCAUGGCUGGGCGUGAUCCCGAGUGCCAGCGCACUGAAAUGAUUAAGAAAGAAGAACGUUUGAGGGCUUCUACUCACGAGCCCACCCAUCUAUGGGAGAAGCAGAACCAGCAGGGGCUGAGUGCCCCCUACCAGGACCCUAACAGUGCCCAUGAGGAGGAGGAAGACGCCGAAGCCAUUAAAAACCAUUACCAAGGGGAGCUCCCAGGAGCUGAGGCCUCUGGAAAGAGGAAAGUGGGGGGUGAAGAAGAAAACGACUGAAGUAUGAAAUGUGCCCUCAUUGUAUACAUUGUACUGACCCUUGAGGAACACAGGUUUAAACUGCACGGGUCCACUUACAGCCUUUUUUUUUUUUUUUUGAUAAAUAUGGUACAGUGCUGUAAAUG